UGUCGUACCUGAACGAACUUCCUGUCAAGGCAAGGAUUGUCGUGAGCUCCUCAUAUUUUCUUCAAGUGUCGGACAUGAGCCCCAUAUUUCUCUUUUCCCUCUAUGGUGUGUCUUUCAAGAGGGGUAUUCUACCUAGGAAGCUGUAUAUAGCCGCAAUGGCCGUAGGGCAGAUGUCAUAUAUAAUGGAGCUCCCCUGCAUAUUUUAUCUCUCCAGGUUGUGAUUCAGCAAAAAGCUCCAACACCAUCCAUCCAAGAUGAGGCUUCUACGUGCUGUCACGGCUGCAGCUCUUGCCGCACACGCUGCAGCUCUAGCCAUUGGGGGGAAGCAGAUGCACGUUGAGAGAGAAAGUGAUGGACUUCAGAAUAUCGUGACCUACGAUGAGCACUCACUUAUGAUCUAUGGGGAGCGUGUCUUUGUCUUCAGUGGAGAAUUUCAUCCAUACAGACUACCCGUCCCAGAUCUAUGGCUUGACGUAUUUCAGAAAGUCAAAGCACUUGGCUUCAAUGUCGUAUCUUUUUACGUUCACUGGGCUUUGGUAGAAGGUGAACCAGGGACAUAUCUUGCCAACGAUGUUUUUGCUUUCGAGCCUUUCUUCGCUGCAGCACAGCAAGCAGGAAUUUAUCUCAUUGCUCGUCCUGGGCCAUACAUCAACGCGGAAUCAAGCGGUGGAGGUUUUCCUGGUUGGCUACAGAGGGUCAAAGGACAACUCCGAACCCGAGCUCCUGACUAUCUCGCUGCUACGGACAAUUACGUCGCAAAUAUUGGUGCCUCCAUAGCUAAAGCACAGAUCACGAAUGGUGGCCCUGUGAUUCUCGUUCAACCAGAAAACGAGUACACGGGAAGUUCUGGACCCGUUGACGGAGGCUUCCCAGACCCGGUCUACUUUGCAUAUGUGAAGAAACAACUGCGAGAUGCUGGGAUUGUUGUUCCAUUUAUUAGCAAUGAUGCCUCUCCAACGGGUCUAUUCGCGCCUGGAGAUGUAGUCAAUGGUACUACUGAAGGCGACGUCAAUAUCUAUGGCCAUGAUUCGUACCCUCUGGGCUUCGAUUGUGCGAAUCCAUAUACGUGGCCUGCUGGCGAUCUUCCCACGUAUUUCCACGCCACACAUGAGGAGCAAAGUCCUUCAACCUUCUAUUCUUUGGAUGAGUUCCAGGGUGGCUCUUUCGAUCCAUGGGGAGGCCUUGGCUUCGCCCAGUGCUCUGUUCUUCUCAACAUGGAAUUCGAGCGUGUCUUCUACAAAAAUGACUUUGCGUCAGGAGCAGCUCUGUUGAACUUGUACAUGAUUUUUGGUGGUACCAAUUGGGGAAACCUUGGACAUCCUGGUGGAUACACAUCUUACGACUAUGGUGCCUCCAUUACUGAAAAUCGUGAACUGUAUAGAGAGAAGUAUAGUGAGGUUAAGUUGGAGGCAAAUUUCCUUAAGGUGUCGCCCGCAUAUCUCACAACUUCCGUUGGUAUAGCCAGCACGAGUGCAUACACCGAUAAUACCAGCAUCUUUACAACUCCAUUAUUCGGCAAUGGAACCGCAACAAACUUCUAUGUCGUGAGACAUUCGGAUUAUCAAACGGAAGUUGCAGCAUCUUAUAAAUUUAAUGUCGCUACAAGCCAAGGAACGGUUUCCAUUCCCCAAUUGGGCGGCAGUCUGACACUGAGCGGCAGAGACUCGAAAUGGCAUGUCACCGAUUACGAUCUGGGUGGAACUACCCUCUUAUACUCCUCGGCAGAGAUAUUCACUUGGAAGAAAUUCGACAACAAGACAGCUCUUGUCGUAUACGGUGGUCCAGGAGAGCAACACGAACUCGCAGUGGUCUCAAGCAGCUCAGCACAGACAUUAGAAGGAGAUGGAGUUACUACCAAGGCCAUGAACGGGACUGCAAUCCUCAACUGGCAGACUUCUUCAACUCGACGAGUUGUUCAAGUCGGUAGCCUCUUCGUUUAUAUUUUGGAUCGAAAUUCGGCCUACAACUACUGGGUGCCGGACUUUGUUCGCAGCGAUGAGUGGGGCGCAUAUACUUCUAACAUCGGCAACACAACUUCUGUUAUCGUUGAGGCAGGAUAUCUUGUUCGUUCCGUCUAUAUUGAGGGUACAGCACUCCACAUUGAUGGAGAUCUCAAUGCCACUGUCCCAAUUAAAGUCAUCGGAGCACCUGCUAGCACUAAGGAUCUUCAUUUCAACAGCCUGAAGUUGAGCUUCACUACAGACCCAGUCACGGGAGAGUGGUCUUCAACUCUCCCUUACACGGCUCCACAGAUAACCUUGCCUGACUUGUCCACGCUCGACUGGAAAUAUGUCGAUAACUUGCCAGAGAUAUCUUCUUCCUAUGACGAUUCUGCCUGGACGAGCGCUGAUCACACAACCUCCAACAACACCGUUUUCAAGCUGCAGACUCCAACUUCUCUGUUCAGCAGUGACUAUGGCUACCACACAGGGGUGCUUCUGUAUCGCGGCCACUUCACCGCAAAUGGCCAGGAGACGACCUUACAAAUUGAAACUCAAGGAGGCAGUGCAUUCGGGUCUUCGGUGUGGCUAAACUCGACCUAUAUUGGCUCUUGGCCUGGUAUAGAUGCAUCCAGCGCUUGGAACAGCACUUAUAUUCUCCCAAACCUCGUUUCUGGCAAGCCGUACAUAUUCACCGUUGUCAUUGAUAAUAAUGGUCUGGAUGAGAAUUGGGUUGUUGGCCCAGAUGAGAUGAAAGAUCCUCGUGGAAUUCUGAACUAUUCUCUAGACGGACAUUCACAGAGUGAUAUCUCCUGGAAACUCACCGGAAAUCUGGGAGGCGAGGCAUAUAUUGACAAAGUCCGCGGCCCUCUGAAUGAAGGCGGACUAUAUGCCGAACGUCAAGGAUGGACGCAACCUUAUCCUCCCAAUCAUAAUUGGGUGUCUGGGUCUCCCGAAACAGGUAUCAGUACCGCUGGUGUUGCCUUCUACCAAGCGGAUUUCUCGCUUGAUCUUCCCAACAACUAUGAUAUUCCCUUGACGUUUGACUUCGGAAACACAACUAUUAAUGGUGCCACCGCGGAUUAUAGAGCCCAACUUUGGGUUAACGGGUACCAGUUCGGGAAGUAUACCAAUAAUGUUGGACCGCAGUCUUCGUUCCCAGUCCCGCAAGGUAUUCUCGACUAUCAUGGGCAGAAUUGGCUAGCUAUUGAGCUUUGGGCCCAACAGGCCAGCGGGGCUCAUUUAACCAAUUUCAGCUUGGGUACUGGUACUGUGGCAUGGACUUCGAUGCCAAGGCCAGCGAUGGCACCUAUUCCAAGCUACAGCAAGAGACCAGGUGCAUACUGAGACAUCAUUGCUUGACAUAUUCUUCUCAAAUGGGUAUUC